CAACCUUUGCGUCAGAGGUUUCUUUCUGCUGAUUAGUUGUAAAGCCGGUACAGGAGUAAAAUUCUACGACAAAUCUUGUAUAAAGUCAAAACAAAUCUCAGCGCGUUAUAUAUAUAUAGUAUAUAUAUAUAUCGCGGUUUUCUCUAAUUUUAUUAAUUUUUCCGAUUUAAAAAAGACAAAAAAUUCCAAUGAGUACACAAGCUUCGUCCGUAAAAAUAAAGGAGUUACGAUUGCCGAUAUCAAGAGUGAAGACAAUAAUGAAAAGUUCUCCGUGUGUGGAAACUAUCGGACAGGACGGUUUAUAUUUGGUCACAAAAGCUACGGAACUGUUUAUACAUUAUCUGACAGAAGAGGCUCACAUGCAAAAUCAGAAAGGAUCCGCUCUUGAUUACAAACACCUGGCCGAGGUUGUGCAGACCACCGAGACACUGGAAUUUCUUCGCGAGAUAAUGCCUCGCAAGAUUACAGUUAGACAAUUUAAGGAGAUGAUGGCUGCCAAAAAUGCAUCCAGUAGCUCUUCCGGCAGUUCGGAUUCGGACAGCGACAGUGAUUCGGAUACGGACAGUUGUUCGGACAGUGACGACACCAAAGGAGAAAAUGAAAAUUCGUCAUCCGGCAGCGAAGAGGAAGAAAGCGGGACUAAACAGAACGGUCAUUCGAUGAGUGACAAAAGUGAAAACAGUACAAAAAGUGACAGUGAAGAUGAUUCCAAGAGAUAAACAUAUGUUGCUCUCUAUUUUGAU